AUGAGGCAAGAAGGAGCCCGAAGCAAAGGCAGAGCCAAAGCUUCUCAAAGAAAGACAAAACAGAGUGAGCAAAUCCUAGGAGCAUACAAAUACACUCGAAUUGGAUUGGGUAUCAUCCCUAUAACUCCAUCAUAUUUCGCAAUCAUGGAGAACGAAUCUGCUUCUCUUCUCACUCAGAUCGCGUUAACCUAUUCUCCUUCUGUGUGCUACGAAUCGCGCAUAAGGCGUUUUCUCCUCCGAACCAAACGAACCUUAUCUUCUUUCAGUGCUGAUUCGCUCGCGUGGAAUCUUGUUCGGCGUAAGUUUCUUGCCGCAGUUCUGCUUUGGUGUGAAAACGUUAUGAUCCGCAUGUUUCUUGCUGUGGUUUUAUAA